UGCAGGUACGUUUUCCCUCUGGCGCCGGAGCGCACGAUCACCUGCAACGGGGGUGCCAGCUGCACCAGCUGGUUUGAUAUGGAUGUGCUGCCCAUUGGCGUGCAGGAUCUGCCACCGCUGCACGGCUGCUCGCUGGAGUCUGCCGAGGACUCGGUCAGGCAGGUGCACGGCCUUGUUGACUCCCUGCGUCAGGAAGGCAUCCCCGCGGACAGGAUUUACGUUGGCGGCUUCCAGCAGGGGGGUGCUCUGGCACUCCUGGCUGGACUGACGUAUCAGCAGCGCCUCGCUGGCUGCAUCGUGUUCAGCGGCCUCCUGCUCGGUGCCGACCGCGUCGGCACCCUCGCGGGACCCGCAGCACGGGGCUUACGAGUUUUUUGGGGACAUGGUUUACACGACGGUGUAUUUGAUGUAUCGUUGCAGGACGAGGGAUGCAACGCUGUUAAGGAGUUCGGGUUGGACAUCCAGCUGGUAGUUCUGCCAAUGGUCAAGAAGGGUGCAGUUGCCUUCAUAUCUCCAACUGACAAGUCCAAUCGCUGUCGCGUUACACAUGGGCCAGCGUGCCUGUACAUGUUUAUUAUGCUCAGCAGUUUUGGUCGAGAUGGUUACGCUAACCUUUUCAUUAAUAGCUUCUGCGUCUUCUUUCUUUUACUACCACAUGAGGCCACCGAGUUCCUGAACGACAUGCCACUGAGAGUGCCAGAGUUUGACUGAGAGUGUCCUUGGCCACGUGGCGAAGAAAAGUGUGGAGCUUUCAAGUCAGCUUCAGUCAGGCUGCCGCUUCUUGUCCGCACCUCCCACACUUCUACGACGCUGCCUCUCCGCACGUGCUCCCAUCGCGCGGCACCUGGCUGGUUCCCUUGCCAGUCCACGGCCGCGCGUGCUUCGCAGCUUCUGGCCC